AUGAAGACAGCUCUCAUUAGCCGCGUGUGUGCACACCCCAGCGUCCAGGCGAGCCAGUUGGAGGGCUGGCAGGACCUCGGGAAGGCCCACAGAGAUGAGGAGACGGGUACACUGAGAGGAUGGAGCCCUGACAAGUACUACAUGACAUCGGAUGCCUUCGAGAACUUUGCGAUGGCGGCACGUACGAAGGUGGGCAACACCGUCAGAGCUUUCUUCGGGGCGAUCCGCGACCCGUAUGUGGAUCUCACCAGAAACCCUCCGUCUGCAUUCAACCGCGAGGAAGCCCUUCUGAUGGCGUUUCACAGGAAGAAUGUCCUCUACAUCGGUGAGAUUCAAGGCAACGGAGAGCGAACUCAGCGUAUUUGCAAGGUGGGCCACAACGCGGACAUUGCGAAGCGUUGUGAAACGCACAAGGAGUAUUUAAGGAGCUCGCUCUACUUCCAGCUCAUGCAAGUAGGUGGAUGA